AUGGUGACACGUACGUACCUGUCGCAGACCAGCAAAUCCUCAAGAAUGGCGAAGAAUUUCGUCCCUGCCAUGGCGUCGCUUCUAGCGCCUCCGAAAGCGCAGAUGAGCAGCAUUUCACUCGCUGCGUCGACGUCUCAGAAUGCGCUCUCUUCGUCCGCCUCCGUCUCUUUCCGCGGGGCAGCCAUCUCCGCUCCCCGCCGAAUUUCCGCCGCGGGGACUGCAUCCGCCGCCGUUGCGGUGCCCGCGCAGGCUUCUGCCGCUUCCUCUGCCGAGGCCAUCGACGGCGCCGCUCAAGCCAUUUUCUACCCCUUCCCCCUCGACCUCCCCACCACGACCCUCCCCCCAACAUCCCCUCCCUCCAAAUUCCCGCAGGGGACGCCAGGGGAGGUGCAGGAGGGGGUGCAGCGGGCACUGGCGGCAGUGAAGCACGCGCCAGCAGGCACGCCGCUGUCGCUGCUGCAGCUGGAUCUACCUCUUUUACAGUUCUUUUCUCUUCCCCGCCUUCCCCCCUUUUUUCUCGCCCCAAUUCCGCCGCUCCCCUCCCGCCCCUGGCCCUUCUCCCCCGCUUUCACCCCCCGCCCCUCCCCCGACACCUGUUCCGCUCGACGCCCGCAGGGGACGCCAGGGGAGGUGCAGGAGGGGGUGCAGCGGGCACUGGCGGCAGUGAAGCACGCGCCAGCAGGCACGCCGCUGUCGCUGCUGCAGCGACAGCUGGCGUCGGUGCUUACGCCGUUCGCGGAUAGACUCGACUCGCGCGCUCUGAGCAGCAUCAUGAAGCAACAAGAGGCGGACUGGCGUGUCGUGCUGGCGCUCUACGAUUGGAUGGCGGGGCAGGGCAUUCCGCGCAGCAUCCACGUGUACACGGUGGUGCUCUCGUGCCUGGGCCGGGCCGCGCAGUGGAAUCACCUUCAAUCCGUUUUGGACGACAUGGCGAGACUUGGGGUGCCCAUGGACGAGUACGUGUACAACACGCUCAUAGUCGCAUAUUCCAAUGCGGGCCGAUUCAACGACGCUUUGGGGUGGUUCGAGCGUAUGGAGAAGGCCGGGUGCAUGCCCAACCAGGUUAUCUACACAACUGUGAUGAAGCUGUUUGCACGGGCGGGAAGGACAGAUGGCGUGGCACGCAUUGCCGCCCUGCUCAGGGAGGAGAGCAGCAGGGAGGACGGCCUUUUUCGGCUGGAUUCUAAAACGAUAUGCGCGCUGAUCGCUGCAUACAACAGCAUGGGGGAUCUGAACUCGGCGCAGGAGGUGUUUGAGGCAGCACGAGCAAGCACACCCCCAGGCGAGUGGGAUGUGGUGGUAUGGAAUGCCAUGGUGGCCGCGUAUGGGCGGGCGGGCAAGGUGAGGCAAGCAGAGGAGCUGCUGCUGCAGAUGGAAGCACAGGCGGAUGGGGGAAAUGGAGCGAAUGGGAGGGAUGGGGGCGUGGACGCAGAGGGUGAUGGGGCUGAUAGCGCGGAUUGGGGCAGCGUAGAGGCGGAUUGGGGGAGUGUUGAGGCAGAUGGGGGGAGCAGCAUGGGAGAGCAAGGCGCAGCCGUUUCAGUGGGCAGGGCCCAAGAGGGCUCUGGGUCGGAUCUUCCGUCGACUCAAGAAGUGGUCAGGGUGCAAGGGGACGUUGAGGCUUCUGUGAAGCAGCAUCUUGGCAGAAGAUUUGCUGCUUCUGUUGGCAGGGCAACAGAGGCAGAGGAUCCGGCUGUGGAGGCGCCUCAAAAGGCGUCUGGAAAGGAUAUGGGUCGGAUGACAGAGAGAGAGGAUGUGCUGUUGGAGAUGGGUGCGGAGGGGUUUGAAAGGGUGCUGCAAGGGCGAGCGACUGACGGCGAUUUAGCAGCAGGAGGAGCAGGAGGAAUCCAGGAGGAUGGCAGGGACGAGGAGGAGGAAGGGGAGGAGAUCGACAGAGAGGUGGAAAGGAGGGAGAUGCAACGGCGGGAGGGAAGGGAGAGGAGAGGAGGAAAGUCGAGCAGGGGAUAUUCUGGUAGCACUGGCAGGGCUAGUUGGGGGAAUGACAGAGAGGAGGCAAGACGAGGGAGGGGGGAAGGUGGUGCGAGGAGAGGAAGGGAAACGAUGGGAGAAGGCGGAGGAAGUAGUGGCGGAUUUGAAGGAGGGGGUCGGGAGCUGUCCCCCCCUCGGUUUGGGCCGACACUGAAUGCGUACAACUCGCUGCUGAAUGCGUACGCCAAGGCGGGGGAUGUGGACAAGGCAGAGAAGACAUUCAAGCGGCUCAUGGCACGGGGAUUCUACCCGUCAACAGUCACCUUCAACACACUUUUCUCGCUCUAUGCCUCGCUUCCCUCCUCCUCCUCCUCGCUUUCUGCUGCCCGCCGCCUGCACGCCCUCAUGCUGCAAAUGGACGUCCCUCUCGAUGUUUACUCGUGCUGCCCUCUCAUUGGCCUGCUCAGCCGCUCCGGGCAGGUUGAAGAAGCGGUCGGGCUGUUUGAAAGAAUGAAGGCGCAGGGCGUGCAGCCGGACUCGCAUGUGUUCAGUGCAAUGAUCGCCAUGUUCGCCCGCCACGGCAAGUUAGAAGCUGCGCUGAGAACCUUCCAGGAGAUGAAGGCGGCGGGGUGCGCAGUGGACAUGCCCGUGCUGACGUCCAUGAUCGGCGUGUACCACCGUUUAGGGCUAUUGGAAGAGGCGUCAGCAGCUGCAAUGGAUGCGAUUGUGAGUGUUUUCGGUGGGAAUAAAGGCUUCUUUGGAGAAGACAUGAAAUGCAGGUUUGCAGUGCAUAUGCCAGUGCUGACGUCCAUGAUCGGCGCGUACCACCAACUGGGGCUUCUAGAGGAGGCGUCUGCAGCAGCAAUGGAUGCGAUUGUGAGUGGUUCUGAGUGGUGCCUCCUGUGCCUUGGAGUGCUGAACCUUGAGGUGUUGAGCCUGUGCCUGCCUAGCGUGGACAUGCCAGUGCUGACUGGGAAGUGCAUGAUCGGCAUGCAAGAUUCGCCUGAGCUGCCGGGGCUGACCACUCAGGGCAGCGGGCAUUUAGACCCUGUAAUUGCCAGCGCCAUCAUAUCUCUCUUCUCAUUGUCUGUCUCCCUUUCAUUCCCCACUUCCCCAUUCUCCUCCGUAUGUGUCUCCUCCGUAUGUGUCUCCUCCGUAUGUGUCUCCUCCGUAUGUGUCUCCUCCGUAUGUGUCUCCUCCGUAUGUGUCUCCUCCGUAUGUGUCUCCUCCGUAUGUGUCUCCUCCGUAUGUGUCUCCUCCGUAUGUGUCUCCUCCGUAUGUGUCUCCUCCGUAUGUGUCUCCUCCGUAUGUGUCUCCUCCGUAUGUGUCUCCUCCGUAUGUGUCUCCUCCGUAUGUGUCUCCUCCGUAUGUGUCUCCUCCGUAUGUGUCUCCUCCGUAUGUGUCUCCUCCGUAUGUGUCUCCUCCGUAUGUGUCUCCUCCGUAUGUGUCUCCUCCGUAUGUGUCUCCUCCGUAUGUGUCUCCUCCGUAUGUGUCUCCUCCGUAUGUGUCUCCUCCGUAUGUGUCUCCUCCGUAUGUGUCUCCUCCGUAUGUGUCUCCUCCGUAUGUGUCUCCUCCGUAUGUGUCUCCUCCGUAUGUGUCUCCUCCGUAUGUGUCUCCUCCGUAUGUGUCUCCUCCGUAUGUGUCUCCUCCGUAUGUGUCUCCUCCGUAUGUGUCUCCUCCGUAUGUGUCUCCUCCGUAUGUGUCUCCUCCGUAUGUGUCUCCUCCGUAUGUGUCUCCUCCGUAUGUGUCUCCUCCGUAUGUGUCUCCUCCGUAUGUGUCUCCUCCGUAUGUGUCUCCUCCGCAUGUGUCUCCUCCGCAUGCGUCUCCUCCGUAUGCGUCUCCUCCGUAUGCGUCUCCUCCGCAUGCGUCUCCUCCGCAUGCCUCUCCUCCGCAUGCGUCUCCUCCGCAUGCGUCUCCUCCGUAUGCGUCUCCUCCGUAUGCGUCUCCUCCGUAUGCGUCUCCUCCGUAUGCGUCUCCUCCGUAUGCGUCUCCUCCGUAUGCGUCUCCUCCGUAUGUCUCUCCUCCGUAUGCGUCUCCUCCGUAUGUCUCUCCUCCGUAUGUCUCUCCUCCGUAUGUCUCUCCUCCGUAUGUCUCUCCUCCGUAUGUCUCUCCUCCGUAUGUCUCUCCUCCGUAUGUCUCUCCUCCGUAUGUCUCUCCUCCGUAUGUCUCUCCUCCGUAUGUCUCUCCUCCGUAUGUCUCUCCUCCGUAUGUCUCUCCUCCGUAUGUCUCUCCUCCGUAUGUCUCUCCUCCGUAUGUCUCUCCUCCGUAUGUCUCUCCUCCGUAUGUCUCUCCUCCGUAUGUCUCUCCUCCGUAUGUCUCUCCUCCGUAUGUCUCUCCUCCGUAUGUCUCUCCUCCGUAUGUCUCUCCUCCGUAUGUCUCUCCUCCGUAUGUCUCUCCUCCGUAUGUCUCUCCUCCGUAUGUCUCUCCUCCGUAUGUCUCUCCUCCGUAUGUCUCUCCUCCGUAUGUCUCUCCUCCGUAUGUCUCUCCUCCGUAUGUCUCUCCUCCGUAUGUCUCUCCUCCGUAUGUCUCUCCUCCGUAUGUCUCUCCUCCGUAUGUCUCUCCUCCGUAUGUCUCUCCUCCGUAUGUCUCUCCUCCGUAUGUCUCUCCUCCGUAUGUCUCUCCUCCGUAUGUCUCUCCUCCGUAUGUCUCUCCUCCGUAUGUCUCUCCUCCGUAUGUCUCUCCUCCGUAUGUCUCUCCUCCGUAUGUCUCUCCUCCGUAUGUCUCUCCUCCGUAUGUCUCUCCUCCGUAUGUCUCUCCUCCGUAUGUCUCUCCUCCGUAUGUCUCUCCUCCGUAUGUCUCUCCUCCGUAUGUCUCUCCUCCGUAUGUCUCUCCUCCGUAUGUCUCUCCUCCGUAUGUCUCUCCUCCGUAUGUCUCUCCUCCGUAUGUCUCUCCUCCGUAUGUCUCUCCUCCGUAUGUCUCUCCUCCGUAUGUCUCUCCUCCGUAUGUCUCUCCUCCGUAUGUCUCUCCUCCGUAUGUCUCUCCUCCGUAUGUCUCUCCUCCGUAUGUCUCUCCUCCGUAUGUCUCUCCUCCGUAUGUCUCUCCUCCGUAUGUCUCUCCUCCGUAUGUCUCUCCUCCGUAUGUCUCUCCUCCGUAUGUCUCUCCUCCGUAUGUCUCUCCUCCGUAUGUCUCUCCUCCGUAUGUCUCUCCUCCGUAUGUCUCUCCUCCGUAUGUCUCUCCUCCGUAUGUCUCUCCUCCGUAUGUCUCUCCUCCGUAUGUCUCUCCUCCGUAUGUCUCUCCUCCGUAUGUCUCUCCUCCGUAUGUCUCUCCUCCGUAUGUCUCUCCUCCGUAUGUCUCUCCUCCGUAUGUCUCUCCUCCGCAUGUCUCUCCUCCGCAUGUGUCUCCUCCGUAUGUCUCUCCUCCGUAUGUCUCUCCUCCGUAUGUCUCUCCUCCGCAUGUCUCUCCUCCGCAUGUGUCUCCUCCGUAUGUCUCUCCUCCGUAUGUCUCUCCUCCGUAUGUCUCUCCUCCGUAUGUCUCUCCUCCGUAUGUCUCUCCUCCGUAUGUCUCUCCUCCGUAUGUCUCUCCUCCGUAUGUCUCUCCUCCGUAUGUCUCUCCUCCGUAUGUCUCUCCUCCGUAUGUCUCUCCUCCGUAUGUCUCUCCUCCGUAUGUCUCUCCUCCGUAUGUCUCUCCUCCGUAUGUCUCUCCUCCGUAUGUCUCUCCUCCGUAUGUCUCUCCUCCGUAUGUCUCUCCUCCGUAUGUCUCUCCUCCGUAUGUCUCUCCUCCGUAUGUCUCUCCUCCGUAUGUCUCUCCUCCGUAUGUCUCUCCUCCGUAUGUCUCUCCUCCGUAUGUCUCUCCUCCGUAUGUCUCUCCUCCGUAUGUCUCUCCUCCGUAUGUCUCUCCUCCGUAUGUCUCUCCUCCGUAUGUCUCUCCUCCGUAUGUCUCUCCUCCGUAUGUCUCUCCUCCGUAUGUCUCUCCUCCGUAUGUCUCUCCUCCGUAUGUCUCUCCUCCGUAUGUCUCUCCUCCGUAUGUCUCUCCUCCGUAUGUCUCUCCUCCGUAUGUCUCUCCUCCGUAUGUCUCUCCUCCGUAUGUCUCUCCUCCGUAUGUCUCUCCUCCGUAUGUCUCUCCUCCGUAUGUCUCUCCUCCGUAUGUCUCUCCUCCGUAUGUCUCUCCUCCGUAUGUCUCUCCUCCGUAUGUCUCUCCUCCGUAUGUCUCUCCUCCGUAUGUCUCUCCUCCGUAUGUCUCUCCUCCGUAUGUCUCUCCUCCGUAUGUCUCUCCUCCGUAUGUCUCUCCUCCGUAUGUCUCUCCUCCGUAUGUCUCUCCUCCGUAUGUCUCUCCUCCGUAUGUCUCUCCUCCGUAUGUCUCUCCUCCGUAUGUCUCUCCUCCGUAUGUCUCUCCUCCGUAUGUCUCUCCUCCGUACGUGUCUCCUCCGUACGUGUCUCCUCCGUAUGUCUCUCCUCCGUAUGUCUCUCCUCCGUAUGUCUCUCCUCCGUAUGUCUCUCCUCCGUAUGUCUCUCCUCCGUAUGUCUCUCCUCCGUAUGUCUCUCCUCCGUAUGUCUCUCCUCCGUAUGUCUCUCCUCCGUAUGUCUCUCCUCCGUAUGUCUCUCCUCCGUAUGUCUCUCCUCCGUAUGUCUCUCCUCCGUAUGUCUCUCCUCCGUAUGUCUCUCCUCCGUAUGUCUCUCCUCCGUAUGUCUCUCCUCCGUAUGUCUCUCCUCCGUAUGUCUCUCCUCCGUAUGUCUCUCCUCCGUAUGUCUCUCCUCCGUAUGUCUCUCCUCCGUAUGUCUCUCCUCCGUAUGUCUCUCCUCCGUAUGUCUCUCCUCCGUAUGUCUCUCCUCCGUAUGUCUCUCCUCCGUAUGUCUCUCCUCCGUAUGUCUCUCCUCCGUAUGUCUCUCCUCCGUAUGUCUCUCCUCCGUAUGUCUCUCCUCCGUAUGUCUCUCCUCCGUACGUGUCUCCUCCGUACGUGUCUCCUCCGUACGUGUCUCCUCCGUAUGUCUCUCCUCCGUAUGUCUCUCCUCCGUAUGUCUCUCCUCCGUAUGUCUCUCCUCCGUAUGUCUCUCCUCCGUAUGUCUCUCCUCCGUAUGUCUCUCCUCCGUAUGUCUCUCCUCCGUAUGUCUCUCCUCCGUAUGUCUCUCCUCCGUAUGUCUCUCCUCCGUAUGUCUCUCCUCCGUAUGUCUCUCCUCCGUAUGUCUCUCCUCCGUAUGUCUCUCCUCCGUAUGUCUCUCCUCCGUAUGUCUCUCCUCCGUAUGUCUCUCCUCCGUAUGUCUCUCCUCCGUAUGUCUCUCCUCCGUAUGUCUCUCCUCCGUAUGUCUCUCCUCCGUAUGUCUCUCCUCCGUAUGUCUCUCCUCCGUAUGUCUCUCCUCCGUAUGUCUCUCCUCCGUAUGUCUCUCCUCCGUAUGUCUCUCCUCCGUAUGUCUCUCCUCCGUAUGUCUCUCCUCCGUAUGUCUCUCCUCCGUAUGUCUCUCCUCCGUAUGUCUCUCCUCCGUAUGUCUCUCCUCCGUAUGUCUCUCCUCCGUAUGUCUCUCCUCCGUAUGUCUCUCCUCCGUAUGUCUCUCCUCCGUAUGUCUCUCCUCCGUAUGUCUCUCCUCCGUAUGUCUCUCCUCCGUAUGUCUCUCCUCCGUAUGUCUCUCCUCCGUAUGUCUCUCCUCCGUAUGUCUCUCCUCCGUAUGUCUCUCCUCCGUAUGUCUCUCCUCCGUAUGUCUCUCCUCCGUAUGUCUCUCCUCCGUAUGUCUCUCCUCCGUAUGUCUCUCCUCCGUAUGUCUCUCCUCCGUAUGUCUCUCCUCCGUAUGUCUCUCCUCCGUAUGUCUCUCCUCCGUAUGUCUCUCCUCCGUAUGUCUCUCCUCCGUAUGUCUCUCCUCCGUAUGUCUCUCCUCCGUAUGUCUCUCCUCCGUAUGUCUCUCCUCCGUAUGUCUCUCCUCCGUAUGUCUCUCCUCCGUAUGUCUCUCCUCCGUAUGUCUCUCCUCCGUAUGUCUCUCCUCCGUAUGUCUCUCCUCCGUAUGUCUCUCCUCCGUAUGUCUCUCCUCCGUAUGUCUCUCCUCCGUAUGUCUCUCCUCCGUAUGUCUCUCCUCCGUAUGUCUCUCCUCCGUAUGUCUCUCCUCCGUAUGUCUCUCCUCCGUAUGUCUCUCCUCCGUAUGUCUCUCCUCCGUAUGUCUCUCCUCCGUAUGUCUCUCCUCCGUAUGUCUCUCCUCCGUAUGUCUCUCCUCCGUAUGUCUCUCCUCCGUAUGUCUCUCCUCCGUAUGUCUCUCCUCCGUAUGUCUCUCCUCCGUAUGUCUCUCCUCCGUAUGUCUCUCCUCCGUAUGUCUCUCCUCCGUAUGUCUCUCCUCCGUAUGUCUCUCCUCCGUAUGUCUCUCCUCCGUAUGUCUCUCCUCCGUAUGUCUCUCCUCCGUAUGUCUCUCCUCCGUAUGUCUCUCCUCCGUAUGUCUCUCCUCCGUAUGUCUCUCCUCCGUAUGUCUCUCCUCCGUAUGUCUCUCCUCCGUAUGUCUCUCCUCCGUAUGUCUCUCCUCCGUAUGUCUCUCCUCCGUAUGUCUCUCCUCCGUAUGUCUCUCCUCCGUAUGUCUCUCCUCCGUAUGUCUCUCCUCCGUAUGUCUCUCCUCCGUAUGUCUCUCCUCCGUAUGUCUCUCCUCCGUAUGUCUCUCCUCCGUAUGUCUCUCCUCCGUAUGUCUCUCCUCCGUAUGUCUCUCCUCCGUAUGUCUCUCCUCCGUAUGUCUCUCCUCCGUAUGUCUCUCCUCCGUAUGUCUCUCCUCCGUAUGUCUCUCCUCCGUAUGUCUCUCCUCCGUAUGUCUCUCCUCCGUAUGUCUCUCCUCCGUAUGUCUCUCCUCCGUAUGUCUCUCCUCCGUAUGUCUCUCCUCCGUAUGUCUCUCCUCCGUAUGUCUCUCCUCCGUAUGUCUCUCCUCCGUAUGUCUCUCCUCCGUAUGUCUCUCCUCCGUAUGUCUCUCCUCCGUAUGUCUCUCCUCCGUAUGUCUCUCCUCCGUAUGUCUCUCCUCCGUAUGUCUCUCCUCCGUAUGUCUCUCCUCCGUAUGUCUCUCCUCCGUAUGUCUCUCCUCCGUAUGUCUCUCCUCCGUAUGUCUCUCCUCCGUAUGUCUCUCCUCCGUAUGUCUCUCCUCCGUAUGUCUCUCCUCCGUAUGUCUCUCCUCCGUAUGUCUCUCCUCCGUAUGUCUCUCCUCCGUAUGUCUCUCCUCCGUAUGUCUCUCCUCCGUAUGUCUCUCCUCCGUAUGUCUCUCCUCCGUAUGUCUCUCCUCCGUAUGUCUCUCCUCCGUAUGUCUCUCCUCCGUAUGUCUCUCCUCCGUAUGUCUCUCCUCCGUAUGUCUCUCCUCCGUAUGUCUCUCCUCCGCAUGUGUCUCCUCCGCAUGUGUCUCCUCCGCAUGUGUCUCCUCCGCAUGUGUCUCCUCCGUAUGUCUCUCCUCCGUAUGUCUCUCCUCCGUAUGUCUCUCCUCCGUAUGUCUCUCCUCCGUAUGUCUCUCCUCCGUAUGUCUCUCCUCCGUAUGUCUCUCCUCCGUAUGUCUCUCCUCCGUAUGUCUCUCCUCCGUAUGUCUCUCCUCCGUAUGUCUCUCCUCCGUAUGUCUCUCCUCCGUAUGUCUCUCCUCCGUAUGUCUCUCCUCCGUAUGUCUCUCCUCCGUAUGUCUCUCCUCCGUAUGUCUCUCCUCCGUAUGUCUCUCCUCCGUAUGUCUCUCCUCCGUAUGUCUCUCCUCCGUAUGUCUCUCCUCCGUAUGUCUCUCCUCCGUAUGUCUCUCCUCCGUAUGUCUCUCCUCCGUAUGUCUCUCCUCCGUAUGUCUCUCCUCCGUAUGUCUCUCCUCCGUAUGUCUCUCCUCCGUAUGUCUCUCCUCCGUAUGUCUCUCCUCCGUAUGUCUCUCCUCCGUAUGUCUCUCCUCCGUAUGUCUCUCCUCCGUAUGUCUCUCCUCCGUAUGUCUCUCCUCCGUAUGUCUCUCCUCCGUAUGUCUCUCCUCCGUAUGUCUCUCCUCCGUAUGUCUCUCCUCCGUAUGUCUCUCCUCCGUAUGUCUCUCCUCCGUAUGUCUCUCCUCCGUAUGUCUCUCCUCCGUAUGUCUCUCCUCCGUAUGUCUCUCCUCCGUAUGUCUCUCCUCCGUAUGUCUCUCCUCCGUAUGUCUCUCCUCCGUAUGUCUCUCCUCCGUAUGUCUCUCCUCCGUAUGUCUCUCCUCCGUAUGUCUCUCCUCCGUAUGUCUCUCCUCCGUAUGUCUCUCCUCCGUAUGUCUCUCCUCCGUAUGUCUCUCCUCCGUAUGUCUCUCCUCCGUAUGUCUCUCCUCCGUAUGUCUCUCCUCCGUAUGUCUCUCCUCCGUAUGUCUCUCCUCCGUAUGUCUCUCCUCCGUAUGUCUCUCCUCCGUAUGUCUCUCCUCCGUAUGUCUCUCCUCCGUAUGUCUCUCCUCCGCAUGUCUCUCCUCCGCAUGUCUCUCCUCCGCAUGUCUCUCCUCCGCAUGUCUCUCCUCCGCAUGUCUCUCCUCCGCAUGUCUCUCCUCCGCAUGUCUCUCCUCCGCUUGUCUCUCCUCCGUAUGUCUCUCCUCCGUAUGUCUCUCCUCCGUAUGUCUCUCCUCCGUAUGUCUCUCCUCCGUAUGUCUCUCCUCCGUAUGUCUCUCCUCCGUAUGUCUCUCCUCCGUAUGUCUCUCCUCCGUAUGUCUCUCCUCCGUAUGUCUCUCCUCCGUAUGUCUCUCCUCCGUAUGUCUCUCCUCCGUAUGUCUCUCCUCCGUAUGUCUCUCCUCCGUAUGUCUCUCCUCCGUAUGUCUCUCCUCCGUAUGUCUCUCCUCCGUAUGUCUCUCCUCCGUAUGUCUCUCCUCCGUAUGUCUCUCCUCCGUAUGUCUCUCCUCCGUAUGUCUCUCCUCCGUAUGUCUCUCCUCCGUAUGUCUCUCCUCCGUAUGUCUCUCCUCCGUAUGUCUCUCCUCCGUAUGUCUCUCCUCCGUAUGUCUCUCCUCCGUAUGUCUCUCCUCCGUAUGUCUCUCCUCCGUAUGUCUCUCCUCCGUAUGUCUCUCCUCCGUAUGUCUCUCCUCCGUAUGUCUCUCCUCCGUAUGUCUCUCCUCCGUAUGUCUCUCCUCCGUAUGUCUCUCCUCCGUAUGUCUCUCCUCCGUAUGUCUCUCCUCCGUAUGUCUCUCCUCCGUAUGUCUCUCCUCCGUAUGUCUCUCCUCCGUAUGUCUCUCCUCCGUAUGUCUCUCCUCCGUAUGUCUCUCCUCCGUAUGUCUCUCCUCCGUAUGUCUCUCCUCCGCAUGUGUCUCCUCCGCAUGUGUCUCCUCCGUAUGUCUCUCCUCCGUAUGUCUCUCCUCCGUAUGUCUCUCCUCCGCAUGUCUCUCCUCCGCAUGUGUCUCCUCCGUAUGUCUCUCCUCCGUAUGUCUCUCCUCCGUAUGUCUCUCCUCCGUAUGUCUCUCCUCCGUAUGUCUCUCCUCCGUAUGUCUCUCCUCCGUAUGUCUCUCCUCCGUAUGUCUCUCCUCCGUAUGUCUCUCCUCCGCAUGUCUCUCCUCCGCAUGUCUCUCCUCCGCAUGUCUCUCCUCCGCAUGUCUCUCCUCCGCAUGUCUCUCCUCCGCAUGUCUCUCCUCCGCUUGUCUCUCCUCCGUAUGUCUCUCCUCCGUAUGUCUCUCCUCCGUAUGUCUCUCCUCCGUAUGUCUCUCCUCCGUAUGUCUCUCCUCCGUAUGUCUCUCCUCCGUAUGUCUCUCCUCCGUAUGUCUCUCCUCCGUAUGUCUCUCCUCCGUAUGUCUCUCCUCCGUAUGUCUCUCCUCCGUAUGUCUCUCCUCCGUAUGUCUCUCCUCCGUAUGUCUCUCCUCCGUAUGUCUCUCCUCCGUAUGUCUCUCCUCCGUAUGUCUCUCCUCCGUAUGUCUCUCCUCCGUAUGUCUCUCCUCCGUAUGUCUCUCCUCCGUAUGUCUCUCCUCCGUAUGUCUCUCCUCCGUAUGUCUCUCCUCCGUAUGUCUCUCCUCCGUAUGUCUCUCCUCCGUAUGUCUCUCCUCCGUAUGUCUCUCCUCCGUAUGUCUCUCCUCCGUAUGUCUCUCCUCCGUAUGUCUCUCCUCCGUAUGUCUCUCCUCCGUAUGUCUCUCCUCCGUAUGUCUCUCCUCCGUAUGUCUCUCCUCCGUAUGUCUCUCCUCCGCAUGUGUCUCCUCCGCAUGUGUCUCCUCCGUAUGUCUCUCCUCCGUAUGUCUCUCCUCCGUAUGUCUCUCCUCCGCAUGUCUCUCCUCCGCAUGUGUCUCCUCCGUAUGUCUCUCCUCCGUAUGUCUCUCCUCCGUAUGUCUCUCCUCCGUAUGUCUCUCCUCCGUAUGUCUCUCCUCCGUAUGUCUCUCCUCCGUAUGUCUCUCCUCCGCAUGUCUCUCCUCCGCAUGUCUCUCCUCCGUAUGUCUCUUCUCCGCAUGUCUCUCCUCCGCAUGUCUCUCCUCCGCAUGUCUCUCCUCCGCAUGUCUCUCCUCCGCAUGUCUCUCCUCCGCAUGUCUCUCCUCCGCUUGUCUCUCCUCCGUAUGUCUCUCCUCCGUAUGUCUCUCCUCCGUAUGUCUCUCCUCCGUAUGUCUCUCCUCCGUAUGUCUCUCCUCCGUAUGUCUCUCCUCCGUAUGUCUCUCCUCCGUAUGUCUCUCCUCCGUAUGUCUCUCCUCCGUAUGUCUCUCCUCCGUAUGUCUCUCCUCCGUAUGUCUCUCCUCCGUAUGUCUCUCCUCCGUAUGUCUCUCCUCCGUAUGUCUCUCCUCCGUAUGUCUCUCCUCCGUAUGUCUCUCCUCCGUAUGUCUCUCCUCCGUAUGUCUCUCCUCCGUAUGUCUCUCCUCCGUAUGUCUCUCCUCCGUAUGUCUCUCCUCCGUAUGUCUCUCCUCCGUAUGUCUCUCCUCCGUAUGUCUCUCCUCCGUAUGUCUCUCCUCCGUAUGUCUCUCCUCCGUAUGUCUCUCCUCCGUAUGUCUCUCCUCCGUAUGUCUCUCCUCCGUAUGUCUCUCCUCCGUAUGUCUCUCCUCCGUAUGUCUCUCCUCCGUAUGUCUCUCCUCCGUAUGUCUCUCCUCCGUAUGUCUCUCCUCCGUAUGUCUCUCCUCCGUAUGUCUCUCCUCCGUAUGUCUCUCCUCCGUAUGUCUCUCCUCCGUAUGUCUCUCCUCCGUAUGUCUCUCCUCCGUAUGUCUCUCCUCCGUAUGUCUCUCCUCCGUAUGUCUCUCCUCCGUAUGUCUCUCCUCCGUAUGUCUCUCCUCCGUAUGUCUCUCCUCCGUAUGUCUCUCCUCCGUAUGUCUCUCCUCCGUAUGUCUCUCCUCCGUAUGUCUCUCCUCCGUAUGUCUCUCCUCCGUAUGUCUCUCCUCCGUAUGUCUCUCCUCCGUAUGUCUCUCCUCCGUAUGUCUCUCCUCCGUAUGUCUCUCCUCCGUAUGUCUCUCCUCCGUAUGUCUCUCCUCCGUAUGUCUCUCCUCCGUAUGUCUCUCUUCCGUAUGUCUCUCCCUCUUUCUUCCUAACCGUCUCCCCUCCCAGAUUCAGGGCAGCGGGCAUUUAGACCCUGUGAUCGCCAGCGCCAUCAUCUCCCUCUUCCCAUCGCUUCAGUUUGGGGAUGCGGUGCUGCUAAGCACGAUGAUGGACGCUUACAGCAAGGCAGGGCAACUAGAUGCUGAGGCCCUGUUUGCUGAGAUCCUGGCGGAUGAGUCGGGCAGUAUAGCGGACUUGGCAGCUCACACCACGAUGAUCAGCGUGUAUGGGAAGCAUGGGCUGGUGGAUAAGGCAAAGUUGCUUUUCACAAGCCUGAGAGGGUCGGGCAGGGACUUGGACGCAGUGAUAUGGAACGCCAUGCUGAGCGCGUUUGGGAAGAACGGGCGGGUGGAGGAGGCAAAGGAGCUGUUUGCAGAGAUGCAGGAGUGCGGGCCGGCACCGACUGUUUAUUCCUACUCUAUUAUGAUCGAUGCUUAUGGAAAAGCCGAUCGGAUUCUCGAUGCAUCAACCACCUUUGCCUGUAUGCUCGCCUCGGGUCUGCGUCCCUCUCUAGUCACCUUCAACUCCAUGCUCGCUGCCUACCGCCGCGCCGGCAUGGUCAACGACGCCGCUGCUCUGUUCCGCCGGAUGAGAGCAGAGGGGGUGCCGCCCAGCCAUGUGUCGUAUGCCAUUCUCAUCCACACACAUGCACAGGCGGGCGAUUUGAGGGAGGCCACACGCCUGUUCAGGUGA